AUGCCAACCAAGGCUUUGGGAGAGACUCUGAAGGAGUACAUGGUUGUCGGUCGCAAACUUCCGACCGAGAAAGAGCCGUCGCGUUUCUGGUAUUUCGUUUCUAUGCUUCGUCGUGUGAAGAAGGCUAACGGAGAAAUUCUAUCAUGCAAACAGAUCUUUCCCGAUAAGGUUGCCGGUUCAGUCAAGAACUAUGGUGUAUGGUUGAAGUAUGAUUCUCGUACUGGACAUCACAACAUGUACAGGGAAUACCGUGACGUGACUGUUGCUGGAGCCGUAACCCAGGCCUACCGUGAUAUGGGAGCUCGUCACCGUGCCCAAGCUGAUCGCAUCCACAUCUUGAAGGUGCAAGCUGUCAAGGCGGCCGACACCAAGAGAGCCGGAAUCAAGAUGUUCCACGACUCCAAGAUCAAUUCACCACAAAACGCCCAGUCACUCAUUUCGCCUAUGGCUGCCAUUCCUGAGGGUGACUACGAAAAAGGAAAGAAAGUCUUCAAACAAAGGUGCCUCCAAUGUCACGUUGUGGACUCUAAGGCCACAAAGACAGGACCAACUCUUCACGGACUAAUUGGUCGCAAAUCCGGAACUGUUGAUGGUUUUGAUUAUUCGGCUGCCAAUAAGAAUAAGGGGGUAGUUUGGACACGUGAAACCCUUUUCGAAUAUCUGCUGAAUCCUAAGAAGUAUAUUCCUGGCACGAAGAUGGUUUUCGCUGGUCUGAAGAAAGCCGAUGAACGAGCAGACUUGAUAAAAUACCUCGAGGUUGAAUCUGCUAAACCGAUUUGAUUGAUGGUGCUAUUAUAAAUGUUAUAUUAGAAUUAGUGAAGAGAUUUAAUAUGUAUUGCGCCUAUGUUGUUUUAUUUUUGACU